AUGACUGUGCAGCACAGCACUCGAGGAGAAGAUGGCAGAGGAGCAAACUCCGAGGAGGAAGCUGGCAUGGACUCCCCUGCAGAACAGGGUGCAACACUGAUGAAAGAGAUCAAAGACCUAACAAAAUGGAAAGACAUACUAAGAACAGAGUCAAACACAAAAAUUAAACUCACAAGGUGUGGAAAGAUUACCCUGGGUGUCAUAAUACUGGUGAUUGCUGCAGUAAUCAUCGGACUCAUUGUUCAUUUCGUCACUUGUGGGAAGACGCAUUUCUAUUAUCACAUCAGCUUUAAAGUCAAUAACAUUGACUAUGACAAAAAGUUUGAAAAACCAUACUCACAAGAAUAUAUGGACCUAAAUAAAAAGACAGUGUCUUUGAUAAAUGAAACAUUUCAUGGAUCCAAACUGAGAAGACACUAUGUCAAAUCUCAUGUUGUCCAAGUAAGCCGAUCCAAAGGGAGAGUGGUAAUACAUGCUGUGCUGAAGUUUAUGCCCUGCUUUAAAUAUAAAGCAGCGAAAUUUUGGGAUAGGAUAGACACCAUUUUACAUCAGAAGUUAAAUGGUGAAACUGGGUCUUUACAUAUAGAUUCAUCUUCGUUUAAACUUUCAGACAUGGAAAUGCCGAAAGCAGAAAAUCUUCUCAAUACCUGUUGUGGACAUCGCACUAUAACUCCCUCUGGCCACAAGAUAGCAGGGGGCAUGAAUGCUGAGGAAGGGGAAUGGCCCUGGCAAGCUAGCCUUCAAGAGAACAAUGUCCACCGAUGUGGAGCCACUCUGAUUAGCAACAGCUGGCUUGUCACUGCUGCUCACUGUUUCGUAAACACCAAUGAUCCCAGAAAAUGGAACGUUAGUUUUGGGCUUCUUUUAAGUCAUCCACAAACAAAACGAGGUGUCAGAAAUAUUAUAAUUCAUGAAGACUACAAUUACCCUGCACAUGAUAAUGACAUCGCUCUUGUGAAUCUGUCUUCACCAGUACUAUAUACAAGCAACAUUCGGAGAGUAUGUCUUCCCGAAGCUACUUACACAUUCCCACCCAAUUCAGAUGCGGUGGUCACUGGAUGGGGCUCAUUAAAGACUGACGGAUCAAUAUCUAAUAUACUCGAAAAAGGAAUAGUAAAGAUUAUAGAUAAUAAUAUCUGCAACAGGGAAGAAGUGUAUAGUGGUGUGAUAAAACCUGGAAUGUUGUGCGCUGGGUUUCUGGAAGGAAAGGUAGAUGCCUGCCAGGGUGAUUCUGGUGGACCUCUGGUUAGUGCAGAUCAGAGAGGCACUUGGUUCCUUGCUGGAAUUGUAAGCUGGGGAGAUGAAUGUGCUCUUCCAAACAAGCCUGGUGUCUACACUCGAGUGACAUACUAUCGGGACUGGAUCAAGUCCAAAACUGGCCUCUAA